UACAUACAGCACAGCACACACACACACAGGGAAGGAAGGGCGGCGUGGCCACAGGGCGCUUGAUUCUUGUCGCCAGUCCGGGAUCAGCACCGCAAAGUGUGCGCUCUCCGAGUAGAGUAGACCACCAUGGCUGCCCUGCCCGAGACGAAAUAAUUUUACCAAUAUAGCCGCUGCGUCGGCAUCACCUUUUCCCACAACCACCCAGUCGGUCCCACUCGCCUCGCUCGCUCGCUCCAUCGUUCGCUCGCUUCCUCGCUUGGAAUCGACAUUACUGUACACCCUUCCCCAGUGCGAUCUCCGCUCCACUAUUUCCCCUCCCUUGGUUCGUUGCCCCUCGCACUCUCCGUUUGCUGGGCCCUUCUCCAGUGGUUAGCAUAAUCAGCUUUAAUUUCCUUUCGGUUCUGGUCAGUUGCAACGUUCUCGGCGUUCUGCUGUGGAGUGGUUUUGAUCCUGAUGUGCGUGUGUGUGUCUGUGUGUGUGGCUUCGAGGUUGUGAGUUCGUGUUUGAGUCUUGGAUGCAUGGAGAGGUUUCUUUCGUAAGUCUUGACGUGGGUUUGGGGGAAUAGAUUGUUGAAUAUAGUUUGUUGAUGUUGUUUGUUCUUUUUCGGUGCGUUUCGGGUGAGGUGAGUGUGUCGGUGAAUUAAGACAACAAUGAACUGGAUCGACGCAGUGAAUUGGUGUUUUUGGGUUUCUGUGUUGUUGUGGGAGUGAUACGUGACGUUCAGAGUUUAGUUUUACACCGAGUCAUGUGGUUUGAGGUUUGAUGAAGAGCCUUCGUUGAAGUGGACUUCUUUCCUUCACGAAUUCUUCCACGAUCUGAAGCUCACGAACUAUUCUUCACCCCUUCUCGAGGUAUACUAAGUCAAACGAAACCUCUGAGCGUUUCGAGCGUUCUAACUGAAGAACGAACUGAAGCGUGAAGUAUUUCCGAAGGAGACAACCGGCGGAACUCCGUGCGUUUCAGUAGUAGAUGCCAUGACGAAGUGCAGGACCAACCCCCGCAUACAGCACUGUGAGGCCAGCCUCAUUGUAAUUGAAGCCUAGGAUCAUUUUCCAUAGAUAUCUGCUGCUGGCUGCGGUGAAUCUUCAUAACGAUCGAGUUCAUGAGUAUCAAUUUUUAAGGCCGAAAACGGAGACCCACAAGAGAAGCCAUGGAACCUUGUGCUCGAGGUCGUCACAACCACCUCCAACUAUAGCAUUACGCCAAUCCGAAGCCGCUUCAAGUUCACGGCAAGAUCCCGCGCUUCCUCCAUAACCCCAGAUUCAAGGAAAUUCUUCCCCACGUAGAUAACAGUCCCGCAACAGUGUGCCUAGCUCCAAGUGUAGUCCCCGGGGACGAGUUUGUCCGCGGAGCCCUCUUGAGAUAUCAGUCAAUCUAUGGCAGCUCCAUGGCAUCAGGAGCCGCAAGGCAAGGAUCAGAGUCAGCGAGUAGAGUCAUUCUUGCCUCCUGGCUUUCGGUUCCACCCCACGGACGAGGAACUGGUCAGCUAUUAUCUCACCAAGAAGGUGCUUGAUAGCAGAUUUGCAGUUCGCGCCAUUGCGGAAGUGGACCUCAACAAGUGCGAGCCCUGGGACCUUCCUGAGAAAGCCAAGAUGGGAGAGAAGGAAUGGUACUUCUUCAGCUUACGCGAUCGUAAAUAUCCUACAGGCAUGCGCACUAAUCGAGCCACCGAUGCGGGAUACUGGAAAGCAACUGGCAAAGACCGAGAUGUGCUUGCUCAUGGACGACCUCGUUUGAUAGGCAUGAAGAAGACUCUGGUGUUCUACAUGGGCCGCGCCCCCAAAGGGGAGAAGACCAACUGGAUCAUGCACGAGUAUCGGUUGGAGAAUGAUGGUGGACAUCCUUUGUCUCCUCGCGCUAACAAGGACGAGUGGGUGGUGUGUCGUAUUUUCGAAAAGAGUUCAGGAGGGAAGCGAGGUUUUUCGAUGUCAGAAUCUCAUAUGCGCCAAGGCAUGGCGUACCAGCUUGAGGAUGCGAGAUCGUCUUUGCCACCGUUGAUGGACAAUGAGUCGCCGAAUCCAACCGUCAUUGAUGAAAGGACUGCCACCAACUGCGAGACGUUUGUCGAGACAGAGCAGAUGUCUUGUUACAAUCGCGUCCAGGACUUUGAUCACAAGAAGGAAAUGAAUUGCGUCAUGUCGUGGAUUAAUGUGCAACCAGCUGGAAUGGACAUGGUGCCGCAAGUAGGAGGAUUGAGCAGUCUUGACAACGGGCUUCCAAAGCCAUAUCCCGGGAACGAAAUCUGCGAGAAGAGUAUGAGCUUGUCAAGGCAGGCAGGGUUUAACCAACAAGCAUUGAUGCAAUCCGCCAACAUGACAACGACUACGGGAUUCCGGGUUACAAGCUUGCGGCCGAAGACAGAGCCAUUGUCCUUCAGCGAGGGCGAAGAUGAAGCACAGAGCACCCAGAAAGGUUGUGACUAUGUAAAUUGGCCUGCCGAUUUAGCCGGUGCGUCUCUCUAUCAAAAUGACGGCACAGAAGGCGACUCGUCGUCGCCAUUGCAAAGCUCCACUGGAGGCACCGACUUGUCUUGCUUGACUGGAAGUCUCUGCAGCGGCGAGAACAUGAGCUUCGACUUCAAGUACCGACUCCAAGACAUCACUGCGCCUGUCGAUUCUGGCCACGGCCCCGAAAUCAUUGGCUGGGCCUAAUGAAUCAAUUAGUUAGGGUUUCUCCAGCGCAUCCAUUGCAUUUCAAGUAAAGAGUUGGGGUUCGGUGCGAGACACUGGAGAAGGAUCGCUCGUAAACUGUAAAGUUCCAGACCAAAACAAAAAAAAAAACCCAAAACCCCCAAAAAAAAACAGAAAAAAAGAAGCAAAAACACAAAAAUCGGUGAUCCUCCUCGCACUCGAGCUGCCCUCACAUCCAUGGACUUGGCCUAACCCUACUUAUAACCAGCUGUGUAGACCAUCUUUAUUGUACAUUACCUGCUUCACAUGUUUGGAGAUUGCUAGGGACCUCGAUACAAUGGCGCGUUGUGGAGUUGCGAGGGCUAUUCCAGCAGUCACACGCUCACUGAUUGUAACAAGGAUCCGCAAUCUGCAUCCAUCUGUACAUUUGUAAUCGAACGUGUACUUUAUUUGGGUGAACACAAAACCUGUACAUAUGUAAUUCUUUUCAUUAUACUGAUUGCACAUGCAGCUUGCACACGGGAAGAUUGGCAGGCAAGGACAACACUAGACAACCAGGAACGAGGCCCGUGUCUGCAACGAAGGAUAGGGUGCUUCGAUGUUUCCUGUCUGUAAUGGCAUCACAGGGUGGGUAUAUUAUGAAGAGCAGACGGAGUGCACUUGAUCUGAUUCAGAUGUUGCCUGUAAAGGCAUUGCUUUCAUUGCCACAUCAAUACACGUUGCUUGCUUGA